AUGCAGGCCUCUGAGGGAAGGAGACAGAUGGAGGCCCUCCUCGAAGGAGGCCGUCCUGUGAAGCACGUGAGCCGAAAAGAGCUGUAUACCAGACUCGAAGCUCGCAUCAACUAUCUCCGUGAUUUCCUCGACUUCAACUCCAGCGACAUUGAGGCCCUGACGACCGGUUCCAAGUACAUCAAGGCUCUGAUCCCUGCUGUCGUCAAUAUCGUCUACAAGAAGCUGCUCGAACAAGACAUUACCGCGCGCGCCUUUAUUACAAAAGAUACCGCUGAUGAGACAACACACGUCGAUGACUGGUACACCGAGAACAGCCCUCAGAUCCAGAAUCGGAAGAUGUUCCUCCGCUGGUACCUGAUCAAGCUCUGUUCCGAUCCCACCCAGAUGGAAUUCUGGCGGUAUCUGAACAAAGUCGGUGUAAUGCACUCUGGUCAAGAACGCCGCGUCCCUCUCAAUAUCGAGUACAUCCACAUCGGUGUCAUGCUGGGAUUCAUCCAGGACAUCUUCACCGAAGCCCUCAUGUCGCACCCCACUCUGUCUCUGCAGCGCAAAGUUGCGCUCGUCCGCGCCAUCGGCAAGAUUAUCUGGAUUCAGAACGAUCUGUUCGCCCGGUAUCGAGUCCGCGACGGCGAGGAGUAUGCCGACGAAAUGUCCGAGAUUAUCAUCGACGACAAGGAGGGCUUCCUUGGCGACAAGAAGAUUCUGGGCGACAACAGCUCGUCCGCCAGCUCAAGCGACGACGACCGGUCCAGUAUCUGCAGCAUGGCGCCGUCUACAUCCUCUGCGUGUCCGUUCUCCGACGUGGCGAGAUCGUCCUCAGAGACUAAGAUCUGGGCUGGAAAGUGA